UGCUACAUAUGGAUUUGUAUUUGAAAUACCUCCAUGAAAUUCUAUUUUCUAUUUGGGGAAGUUUCUGUUAAGUUAUAUUUUUCUUUGAGACAUUACUACUUCGAAUAUAUUUUUUUCCAGUUACCUGGCUUGUUAGUAUAAAAUCACAAUAUACAUCAACUUCGAUAAUAGAUAUUUUUAACAUGGCCAUUCACCUCAUAAGUACAAACAUGAUUUAGUGCCUUAGAUAGGCUGGAAAGAGGCAUUGUUCCUUUCCUCCUUAUUUUUUCCUCUUCUAACUUGCAGUCUUUUAUUUUAACUUGGUUUAUUUUAACUUACAAUUUCUAUCUUAUUCUGAAAAUUUUCCGAAAUCUUGAUCACCACCCAGCUUUUGUUGUUGUAUAUAACAUGGAUACAACUGAAAUUGUAUCAUUUUAUCAGAAUUCACCAGACGAGCUUUAUCUGUUGUUUGAGCAGUUCUGUGACCACUUCCAUGCAACAUCAAGGAAUUCAAUGUAUAUGAAUUUCAUAUCUUCUCAUUCGAAUAAUAUCCACGCACUGGAACAGCUCCGGAGCAUUAAAGAUAAGGCAAGCAGCUCUGCACAGGCUGACAAAGCCAUUGCAGAAAUUGAGGCAAAGUGUGGCCAAAAAAUUGAAGAAUGCAAAGAAGAACAAAGGCAGCAGUUGAUGCGCAUUGAAGAUGAACACACGUUGCUCGUAAGCAUAGAAAAAGUCUUGAAUUUGAAAUUAUUGGCUGCUUAGAAAUAUUCUAUCAUUGCAUUCUAUUACAUGGGAUCAUAAGUGUUCUGAUUUGUCUUUAGUUAUAUUUUUAAUUACUUAAUGUUCUAAUUAAUUGAAAAAACCAUUUUUUUAAAUAAAGUUACUAUCUGAUUAGUAUUUGUUAGAGAUGCAAUAU